UCAGUGUGCCCUGAUGAUCAGUGGAGCCCCAGCAGUGCCACCUGUCAGUGUCCAUCAGUGCCUUUAUGUCAGUGCCCAUCAGUGCACAUAUCAGUGCCUACCAGUGCACAUCAAUGCUACAUAUCAGUGCCCAUCUGAGCUGCCUUUCAGUGUCACCCAUCAGUGCUGCCAAUCAGUGCUGCCAGUCAGUGCCGCCUAACAGUGCCAGUCAGUGCCGCCUAACAGUGCCAGUCAGUGCCGCCUAACAGUGCCAGUCAGUGCCAUAUAUCAAUGCCAUGUAUCAGUGCUGCCUUUCAGUGCCCAUCAGUGAUGCCUGUCAAUGCCCAUCAGUGCCACCUACCAGUGCCUCAUCAUCAGUGCCACCUAUCAAUGCCAACCAGUGCCACCUAUCA